AUGUUCACCACCUUCUACGUCAAGAUUUCAUUAUGCAUCAUCACCAUCAUCAUUGAGUACUUCCGAGAGCGCAUCGGGCACACCAUGGGCAGGCCACCAGUUCAGCUCGAACAAGCCCAGCCCGUCACUCAGGAAGUCGACGAGGACAAAGAGGAGGUGGAAGACACCAGAAAAUCCCGGAAGAAGCCCUUGGAUGUGGCGGAGCUUGCCAAGAAGUUGAAAGCCGAGGCAGAAGCGCAGGAGGAGCCCGAGGAUAUGGAGGAGGAGAUGGCGAGAAUGGAGAAGGAGGAGAAGGACCAGGAGGAGGAUAGAAAGAGAUAUGACUUCGUCAGGCCAUGGGAGGGUGGGCCAUACGAUGGACAGGAAUAUGGGCCUCGCGGAUACUCGGGAGCGUGGUGA